AUUCCCUAAUGAAUGCCUCCUUAAAUAUUACUCCUCUCUACCUUCAGAGCUCAAUCAAACAAAUCUUUCACUCUCUAGAUCUUCUCCUAUUUUUGUAAUGGCUCUUCUUAAAGCAGUUAAUGUCUCCGACGUGCCCUGUCUCUAUCAGUUGCCGGAAAAUGCCACCACUGCGCUUAAUUCCGCUCGCUUCUCUAAAGGUAAUGAUGGAGCACGAGCUUCGUUGAAAUGGCCAAAGUUUAUGGUAAUAGGGCACAGAGGGAGUGGUAUGAACAUCUUGCAAUUGCCUGACCGGAGGUUGAAAGCCAUUAAAGAGAACUCAAUUCUAUCCUUCAAUACUGCAGGAAAUUUCGGAGUAGAUUUCGUUGAAUUCGACGUUCAGGUGACAAAAGAUGACUGCCCGGUCAUUUUCCACGACGACAAAAUCCUCACAUUAGAAAAUGGUGAGAUAUCCGAGAGAAGAAUCACAGAGCUAAGUUUGGCCGAAUUCCUUUCUUAUGGACCCCAAAGAGAGCCUGGAAAUGAUGGGAAACCUUUGUUAAGAAAGGGUUAUGAUGGGAAAAUUUACAACUGGAAAGUUGAAGAAGAUGACCCCUCAUGUACACUGCAAGAGGCAUUUCAGAAGGUAAACCCUUCUAUUGGUUUCAAUAUCGAGCUUAAGUUUGAUGACUUAAUAGUCUAUCCAGAUGAAGUACUCAUCCAUACCCUUCAAGCAAUCUUAAAGGUGGUCUUUGAACACGCCAAGGAGAGACCCAUUGUCUUUUCAACCUUUCAGCCAGAUGCGGCACGGUUAACCAGUAUGUUGCAGAGCAUCUAUCCAGUGUUCUUCCUUACAAAUGGAGGAUCUGUAACUUACAAGGAUGUGAGAAGGAAUUCCUUGGACGAGGCUGUAAAGCUUUGCUUAGUAUGUGGCUUGCAAGGGAUUGUGUCAGAAGUUAAAGCCGUCUUCAAAAAUCCAGGCGCCAUAAACAAGAUCAGAGAAGCAAAUCUUUCACUACUAACCUAUGGCCAAUUGAAUAUUGUGCCAGAGGCAAUUUACAUGCAACAUCUAAUGGGCGUGGAUGGGGUGAUCGUGGAUAUAGUUCAAGAGAUUCCAGAAAGAGUGUCCGUUUAUAUCAAGCCAGUUAGUGAGGAAGAUGGCCUCUCUGAAGGGGAUGGGCAGAUCCAAACGGCAAUAAGGCCCAAGUUCUCACAGAGUGAACUCUCAUUUCUACUAAAGUUGAUGCCUCAGUUGAUACAGGUUACAUUGUAGAGAAAGAAAAUGCUUGAAGAUGACACAGGACUUCAUAGUUCUUCAUGGUUCCUUGAAAAAGCUCUUAGCAAGGAGGAUAACCCUUCACCUAAGGGAAAUUGUAUAUAGUAUUAUGUAUAAUCAUAGUUGGUUAUUCUGAGUCUGUAACCAUAUCGAAUUUAUCCUUCUUUGUGUAAUAUAAAAAUUACAGACGAUCUUCUUUGUCCUUUAGGAGCUAAAAUGAUGGUACAAAAAAAUUUGUUGUAUUGUAUUUCACUUUUUUUUCAUCUUUUGGAAAGUACAACAUUGUGCCAGGCUAAUUGUUCUUGUAGCAAUAUAAAUUAUUCUCUUCUUGUUA